AUGGCCACGAUACGCGUACCGCAGGGUUCUCUCCUGCCGCACAGGCUGGGACAUGUUAGCGCUUUUCCCACGUCAUCGCGCUUCCCAUCAUGCAACCGAAAGUCGUCAUCUUUCAAGCCUCGCUCCAUUCUCCAGGCCGUAGCGCCCCAGGCGCAGUCGCAGGCGAGCGUCGCAACGGUCGUCGACCAAUCAAGUAACGGCAGCGGCGACGGGAAUGUGAGCGACGGGCCUUCCGGCGACUCGGAGUUGGAGGCGCGGCGGAAUCAAUGGGAGGCAGAGCGGCUGCGGCUGAUUAAAGACGCGACGGCCGCGGCGGUUUCGUCGUACGAGGAGCGCAUCGCGCGGAUCGAGGUGGAUCAGACGGCUGAGAUCGCGACGAUGCGACGCGUGGCGGAGAUCGAAGGACAGGUCAUGCGACGACAAUCGCAAGAAAUGGCGGGAUUGAGGGAUGAAAUCGAGGCGCUCACUAACGAGUUGGUUCUGACGAAGGAGGUCACGGAGCACGUGAUGAAGCAGCGCAGCCGCCGCGAGGAGGAGCUGGCGGAGAUUAAAGCGCAGAUCGCGGCGCAGGCUAAGAAAGUCGAGGAGGAAAGGGCGCUCUACGCGGGCGCGCGGAAGGCGCUAGCCGCGGAGUGGGGGAAGGUGCGGGAGACGAGUUCUGAGUUGGAGCGGAGGCGGGGGGAGGUGGAGGAGGAGAGGGGGAAGCUGAAGGCGGAGGUUGCAAGGGCGGAGGCGGUGGAGGGGGAGGCGGAGGAGGAGAGGCGCGCGGAGGAGUGGGCGCGGCUGCAGGGGGAUGUGAGUAGAGCGGAGGAGCUACAAAGGAGGGAGCAGGAGGAAGGGGAGGGGCGAGGGUACCAGGCAAGGGAAGCAGCUGGAUCAGAGACGGCUGUUUGGCUUUCUGCGGCUUUGGAGGGGUACGUGUGCGUCCGGGAGUGGGAUGAAGAGCGUGAGGGAGCAGCACCAGCCAGAAGUGGCAACAGCCAUUGCCACAGCAGCAGAGCUCUCAGGCCGUGUUUUGAGUCGACUCACUCCUUAACCCUUCUUCUCCUGCCUCCAUUGCAUUGCAUCAGGAUGAAGACUGAAAGGGAGCAGCACCAGCCAGAAGUGGCAACAGCCAUUGCCACAGCAGCAGAGCUCUCAGGCCGUGUAGCCUCCUUCGAGUCUUCCUUGCUGGAAGUGCGCCGAGCCAUAGAAACCACCAGAGCUACACUCUUCCAAGCAAAACUCCGGGCAGAAGAAAAAAACGUUGUUGUGCGGGAGCUUCGCUCGCAGCUGGAUAAGGUGGAGCAGGAACGCGAGUCGGUCGACGUGGAAACUUUUCGGGAGCUGACCGCACAGUUGAUCGAUGCAAGGAGAAUAUUGGAAGAGGAGGAUCGGCAGCAGAAAGAAAUGGCUGCUUUGCUUGGAAGAAUGACGGAGGAAAUUCCAGGAUUGGAAAAGCAACUGGCUGAGGCUCGGGAGGCUCUGGCGGAGGAGAGGAAGGCUCGGGAGCAAGAGGUUGGGAAGCUAAGAGAGUCAGUGGCGGUGGCUCGGGCUGACGCUGCAGAGGCUCGGGUGAGAUCGGUGCGGGCCGAGGCUCCUCUAGUUGCAGCUUUGGAGGAGGCUCGGAGACGGCACAAGGAGGAGGUUCGGGAGCUGGAGGCGAGAUUGGAGAAACUCGUGGUUCGGGAGAUCGGGGCUAGGCGGCUACAGGGUCUUCAAGAACAGGUUGACGACUAUAUGGCUCAGAUCAAGAAGGUAGAUAAAGAUAUCGAGCGUGUUGUUUCAAGGUAA